AUGAGCAGACCUCAUGCGUUCAUCCGCCCGGACACAUGGCUGUUCUUGCGCCUCCCCAAUGAGACGCUCAGGCUGAUUGAGAUCAAACUAAACACGAUCAUCGAUGUUGGCAAGCUCGGCUCUUUUCCUUCCAAUCUUCUUAUCGGAAGACCCUACUAUCACACAUAUGAGAUCCUGGAGAAGCAAGAUGGAGAGCAGUAUUCUCGGUUGCGGAUCGUCUCACAGGCCGAGUUGAACGCGGAGGCAGGACUGGAUGAGCCAGUCGCGCCGGAGGAGUCUAGAGGAGAGCCUUCACCGCCUGGCGAGAACGGCGUGCCGGAAAGCUACGACUUGCUGGCCGAGGAUGGAACCGUACUAAUGAAGAACAACCGCCUGACGAUCGAUGAUGCGAGCCGACAGCAACUAUCGCAAGCCGAGAUUGAAGAGCUGAAGAAGUCGGCAGGUGGGAAGGAGAUCAUUGAGAAGAUCCUGGCAAACCAUGCAGGACUGGAAGAGAAGACGGCCUUUUCCAAGGCCAAGUACACACUUCGCAAACACAAGAAAUACUUGAAGAGGUUCUCAGCGCUGCCAAUGGACCUUGGCAAUCUGAUCGAUCACAUCAUCGACAAGGAGGCACCGCGGAUAAUGGAGUUGAGGGAAGAGGCAUUGGGGUUGCUGGGGGCUUGGAGUCACGCCCAUUUCAACGGCGUUGAUCAGGGCGACGUCAACAAUGAGGGCAGCAAGAUUGGAGGCGGCAGGUGGCUCACUGUCGACGAUACAGGCGGUCUGUUGGUUGCAGGAUUGGCCGAACGAACGAAUAUCCUUUACCCACCAGUUCCAAAGGACGCCAAAGACGACCAAGCGUCAGCCACAGUCGACGAGUCGAGCGAGCAGCAGCCUCAGACCAACGGUGAUGCUAAGCCAGCAAAGCCCAUCUCCCACCGCGACUUUGCGAUACCCUCGACCACCAACUCCAUUACGCUCCUACACCCAGCAGUUCAACCCAAUGUAUCGUUGCUGAAAUACUUCGGCUACGACACCAGCAACCCUCACCUGCCACCUGAAGAGUUGGAACACCCCCUGCAUACUCACCUGAAACCCUUGUCGUGGCUACAGCUGCUGCAUCCGUCAGAAGAUCCAACAUACAACGAGCCUGAGCAGGCAUCUGAAGAGACGAUGGCGAGCUGGAAGAGUAGUAAGCGAGGGACUUACUUCAAGAAGAGGCGACGCUGGGAACGCUGCAAGACUAUCGUGGACGAGACGCGCGAGGGUGGUUUCGACGGACUGGUCAUCGCGUCACACAUGGAUCCCAUUGCAAUACUCAAGCAUACAGUACCUCUCGUGCGAGGAGGCGGCCAUGUGGUCAUGUACAGCCCAACCAUCGAACCGCUGGUCAAGGUCAUGGACAUGUAUUCCAAGGAGAGGCGUACCGCAUACAUUCAACACCUAGCCAAAGGCGAGCGUCUAGACGAGGACGACUUUCCAGUAGAUCCGCGGCUACUGCUUGCAACAGCGGUCCAAACGAGCCGGAUUCGAGAAUGGCAGGUGUUGCCAGGACGGACGCAUCCUCUCAUGACGAGCCGCGGCGGCGCAGAAGGCUACACCUUCACGGCAAGACGAGUGAUCCCCAUCGAAGGCGGAGUGGAAGCUCGAGGGAACUUCAAUGCGAAGAAGAGGAAAAUCAUCGCUUCCGAAGAUGCUAUUGUCAAUGCCAGCCCCACACCGGUCAAUGCUCUGAUUGACAGUGUGAAGGAGGCGACGGAGGGGAAGUAG